AUGGUUAAUAAUAUCCCGAAACUACUUACUAAGGGUACUUCCAGCUUUGGAAAGCGGCACAACAAAACCCAUACGUUGUGCCGCCGUUGUGGUAGAUCCUCCUACCAUAUUCAGAAGCAUACAUGCUCGCGUUGUGGCUACCCGGCAGCCAAGAUCCGAUCAUAUAACUGGUCGGAGAAGGCUAAGCGAAGAAGGACCACCGGUACUGGCCGCAUGCGCUACCUGAAGGUGGUGCGUCGUCGUUUCCGCAACGGAUUCCGCGAGGGCCAGGUGGCGAAGCCGCGCAAGGCCGCUGCCUAA